UCCUGUCUGACAGAAACUGCUCCCCGACCUUUGAGCCCCGCAGGGAGACGAAUAAAGCAGAGAAAGUGGGGGUAAGACCAGGAUGGCCACAGAUUUCACUCAGGAAACGGUGUUGCAUUUCCUCCAGAGCAGCGGAGGCUCGGUGAAAAACUCGGACCUGCUCCUGCACUUCAGAAACUUUAUUCGGGACCAUGAGGACCGGGACAGGAACCGCGAGCUCUUCAAAAAGUUUGUCAACUCCUUGGCCACAGUGCAAAAGGUCGACGGCGUCUCUUGCGUCGUUCUCAGGAAGAAAUUCAGAAGACACGACCCCGGCGGCGGUGAAGGGGGCUCCUCUGGGCCGUUGCGGCCCCGGAAGAGCACCGAGUCCUCCGCGGAGACCGUCAAACUGAGCCCGGCUGAAACAGCAGAGAAGAGUCGGCACAAGCCCCAGCUGAGGGAGGGGGCAGCACCCGCCCCGCCGGGAGGAACCGCCGGGAAAACAUUCCUACCUGCGGCUGGGAUCCUGCUCAACAAUAACAACAACAACGUGGAGACUAAUCUGAACCUGAAGCAGAAACAGCAGCAGGUAAUCAGCACACCUAAAGUUUCAGGUAGACCAGCAGCUGCUCAGGUGGUCAGUCAGAUCGUAGAGAAAACAGAACUGAAGACCCCCAGUCUGUCACCGCCUCCUGCCCAACAUCAGCACCCUCCAGUGGGACAGCACAGGGUGGGCUUCGACCUGCCUCCAGGGAUCACACCUGUGGUCGCUGCAGUCAGACACCGAGGAGAAACCAGGCAGCAGGUCCCAGUCCCAGAACCCCUGACGGGGAGGCAGGCCUAUCUGCAGCCUGAGGGAGCUCUUCAUCAGGAGCCUCCUCUGCAUCACGUUCAGCCUCAGGAUGCCCCACGCCGCAUCAGACACAGGCAGAGCUACAAAUCUGCUGUCUCUUAUGAUGAAGAUGAUGAGGAGGAGGAGGUUGUCCCGAUGAGGCCAGGAUCAGCAGGAGGAACGGGGCCUGUGAGUGCCCUUCUCGGAGACAUGGAGAGGGCCAUCUCCGCCUCCUCGCCAUGCAUCACAGACCCGCCUGCACCUCCCUCUGUACUGUCCUCCUCCUCUUUAUCAGAAAGGAAGCUUCCAAAGAUUUUCAUCGAGACUGUGAAAGAGGAAAUGCUGCCCCCUGGUGACCCAGGCUGGACCUCGGAGUCAGAGGUCAGGCAGAGAGGACAGUGGACCGGGCCAGGCCUGGAACCUGGAUCUGUUCCAGAGGAGUCGACGUCCGCUAGACGCAGCCUGCCUUUGGAGGCAGAGCACUACAUGCCAUCUCCAGACCGAGCUAAAGAGGUGGCGCCUCAUCUCGAUGUCCACAUGGACUGCAGAUACUCGCAGACUGCAGGUGUCCAGCGGGAGCCUAGGCAGGGGCUGGAUCAGAGCCAGAGGAUGCGGCUGUCAUCUAGCCACAGUAGCAUCUUCUCCCCCUCAUCGGACACCGGCCACUCCAGCAGCGAGUGGCAGCCGCCGGGCUCCCCCAGAGGAUCGGGGUGGAGAAGCAGCUAUGAGGAUCUACAGACCGGAACAGGUAAUGCUCGGGGUGGGCCGAAAAUCCAGGAAGUACUCCAGCGGGCCCGAGCGACAAAGAUGGAGUCUAUGAUGCCUCAAGCCAACAGUAAAGUCACAGCGCCUUGGCACCUCUCUACAGGUGAUCUUUGCGAUGACCGCGAGGAGGCAGAGUCAAGCGAUGGCUCCACCUCUUCACCGCAGCUGCGACAGCGCCCGGCGGUUGCCAGGCUGCGCAGAAGCCAGCUUAGGAGCAGGAUGUGCCGCAGCCUGGGAGCCGACCUCGACCAGCUCCUCCAGGAGGAGGCGAGGGGAGGAGGGAGUGAGGCGGCCCGUCUGAACCGCCUCCACCUGAUCUCCUCCUCACUCAGCCUUCGAUACAACCUGUCAUCCUCCUCGCUGUCGUCCUGUUCCACCCCGCCUCGCUGCCACAGCAUGGCCGACCUGGACGAGGGGAUGGAGGGGAAAGGAGGGAGGAGGAGCCUCCCCGCUGCCUCCCCCUCCACAGCUCAUCAUGAAGGCUCCAGUAGGCAGUCAGUGGUUCCUCUGGAUCCCAAGGAGCACGCCUGGCUGGUGAAGGGGGCCGCGGGUGCCUGGCCCGACAUCUACUCCCUGUUCAGAGAGGACUCGUCCCUGCUCAACAAACAAGACUUCAUCACCGGCUUCACUGUGCUGCACUGGAUUGCCAAACACGGCGACCACAGAGUCCUCAACACGUUAUGGUAUGGAGUUCAAAAGGCUGGUUUGACCUUUGACAUAAACGCCAGGUCAACAUGCGGCCACACGCCUCUCCACAUCGCCGCCAUCCACGGCCACAAGAACAUAAUGCGCUUGCUGGUUAGCAAGUUCAAUGCCGACGUGAGGCUGAGGGACACAGCGGGGAAGAAGCCUUGGCAGUACCUGAGCCACACCGUGUCGUCCGACAUCUUCCAGCUGCUGGGAGCUCCACCGCGGGCUGCUGUGAAACUCGAGGGAGGAGUCGGGACAGUCGACCUCAGCUGGAAACCGCAAAAGCAUCAACGCCACCACCGGCGGCAUCACCUCUCUUCGGCUUCCUCCGGAGAGAGGCCGCUGACCAUUUCAGGCACAGCGAGGGUCAAAAGGUCGUCGUCGAUUGCUGCGUUCCUCAAACACAAAUCUCUGGCUCGGUUUCAGGGACAUCAGUCUGACUCCUCCAUUUAAAAUCCUCAGGUGAUGGAUUAAGUUGAAUUUUUUGUAGAGUUCUGAAACCUGAUUGGAUUAGUUCCUCUGGCAGAUAACCCCCACAGGUGUGUGCUGGUUGUUGACACUGACAGUCCACUGCACUUUCACACCAGUGUUCUGUCUAUAUGGUCCACACCAUGGAAAGACAUGGGAGGACUCGUCCCCGCUCAACAGACGAGACUUGCACUGGAUUGCCAAAUACGGUGAAUACAGUCCUCAACACUUUAUGGUACGCAGCUAGCCGUUAGCUUUGUCUGGUUUUACUCCUGUAAAACAGGAAGAUCUGGUUUACAUAGCAUUCUGAAAGUGGUUUCACUCCAGAAAGAAAUGGCUCUGAUAGCACAGAGCUUAUUGGGCUUUAAUUAAUGAUAAAAUGAUGUUCCAGUGGCAGAUAAUCCCCACAUUUGUAUACUGGUUCUUGACACUGACACCACCCCCGGCACUUUCACGCCUGUAGUUCUGUCCAUUUGGUCCACGCCACGGGGAAAAAAAUGAUACAUCGAUGCCUUUUAAUUCUGGUGGGUUUGUGUUUGCAUUGACUUGUUAAAACAAGCCAAGAACUGCUUCUUAUGUGUAUGGGACUUAAUGAACUGCCAAAGCACACAGAGUACAAAGACUGCCGUUUGAAUUACUUUUGACUUUAAGUAAUAUGGGCAGGUUGCCUCACUCAUACAGACGUGUGUUGUUUUAGCUGAUCAAGUAGGUGUGAGAGCUCCUUAAGCCAUAAUUGGCACUGGCAUUAAAAAGAAAAGACUGGACAUUUGACCUUUCAGUGGCUGCUGGUGUAUCUAGCAUUGGUGGUCAAAUCAGUUUCCUGUUGGGUAUUUCACACCUGAGUUAUUUAUGGUCACAUUCCAACACAUACUGUACAUAUAAAUAAAUACACAUAUGGAUUAACAAAGAUAUAGGUUUGUAAUUAUUUUUUUAUACAAUCCGACAAGCUCACUAUGCUAACCAUACAGGGCUAGUAUUUAGCUAUCGCUAGCUCCACUAACUUAGCUAUUAGCAUAACAUCAGCCUUCAAGUCUGUCAGUCUUCUAGUAUAAGGGCCCAGACAGUAUUUACAGUGUAUCUAGGAAAUGUUGCACCGAAAUGUAUUUCUAUUGCACGUCUAAUUUGACUAACCCCCCUCAAAAGAGGGAUGCAGUCUGCAGUCACUCUGGAGUCCAGCUGGCUUUCCAGCUACAGCAGGUAGCCCCUGCAUCAGCAAGCCUCCAGCACCGCCUGCUUCACAAAGACACACGUGAAUUUGGCUGUGCCACUUCCUGGUCUGAUCAUGACACUUACAGUUGAAAUGGCACCUGGCUGUGGAGAGUGGUAUCUGACAGUGGAACAUGGCAGUAGAUCUAGCAUACCAAACAGUGUACUGUAAUAUACCACUAAGACUCAGUGUAUGCCACUGAAACUACAGUGACUAACAGCCAGCUCAGUCCAGGUAACUGCAACAACAGGGAGCACUAGUUGAAGCUCUCGGUUUCAAAAUGCCAAACAAAACACUGGAUCUGAGUCGUGUGAUAGCUUGAAGCCAAAGGUGAUUAGCAGGCGCUUGUGCAGAAAAGGGUGGAAGUUUAUGAGCCACAGGGCGACUUGAGCUCCAGUUUCAGUCUGAAGCUGUGAUUCACCCACAGGACAGUGAGCUGCACAGGUGAUACUGCUGCUGCUGCUUUUUAACACUUGUUGUGCAUUUCUGAUUUCUGCUACUUUCCAAAUCAUCCGUCAGUUUUAGAUUUCUUUUCCUUCCAGACAUCCUUUAGUUUGGUCAAACCAACACGAACACCUGUUCGAUGAAACACUCCAGUAGAAUCACUUUGCAAGUUUUUUUUUCGUAGAAAUGAAUUGAAAUCAGUGGCUGCCUGGAAGGAAGGGAAACAUCUAAGGACUGAUGUAGGAUUUGGAAAAAGAUAAAGAAGUGAAUCUUACAGGAUUUGUAGUUGGUGGUGUAAAACAUAAAAACACUAAUAUUAACCUCUAACACUCAUCACCAGAUAAACCUGGUGUGUUUUGGUUUGUAAAUUAUUGCGGUCUGAAGUUUACUGUAACUUAAUGAUCCACAAUCAAGUUGACCACGGGUCAAAGUUGGUACACUGAGUAUUAAAUAUGUUUCACGGCUGGAGGUGUUGUGCACGUGUGUGUCAUCUUUUAGCACUGAUCUGUUUCAUAUGGCUGACUGACUUCACUGUGAGGCCCCAAAAAAGACGAACAGCAGACAAAAGUUAGCAGACAAGUCAAAAACAUCACUGAAAACAAUACUGUUUGAGUAUGAAACGUUGGUAAAAUACAAUAAAAACUUCUGUUUAUUUUUCAAUAGAUCAUAUAUUUUUUCAACUUCUUCAUGUCCUUGUUUGUUUGUUGUUGUUGUUUUGGUGGGGGUUGUUGUUGGGUUUGUAUUUUUUACUGAUGUAGUCAUAUAUAUUUUUUUGAAUAGUCAGUUUUGGGUGUCCAUACUUUGCCAGCUCUGUCUGUUAAGUCUUGGACUUCUUGGAUUCUUCCAUGUGAGUGAAACCAGUCAUGAAAAGCCCUGAAGCUUAAAAGUGGUGCAUGUACAUACAUUUUUCAGAUGAAAUGAAACAAUUAGUCAAUAAACUGAUUAGUUGAUCAACAGAAAAUUAUUCAUUGAUUGAGUAACUCUUCAAGCAAAAAUGGGAAAUAUUCUCUGGUUCCAGCUUUUCCAAUGAGAGGAUUUGCUCUUUUCAUUUUUACGGCAUUGUAAAGUGAAUAUCUUGAGCCCUGAGAAACAAUCAUUUUCCACUAUUUUCUGACAUUUUAUAGAUUAAAUGAUAGAUCUGCUGAUUAUCAAUAAUCAAUAAUGAAAUGAUAACUGUAGCUCUUGUUACAGCUUGGAGGACUUGGAGAUGAGGUUGAAUGAUUAUGGAAAAGCUGGUAAGUGGACCUUGAGUUAAGCUCAGUUGCCUUGAUUCACGGUUCAUAUUCCAAAAUAAGAUGGUGUUCAUUCAGCCACAGGCUGACACACAGAAACCCGGGGGCUGGGUCGGACUGGUUUGUGGAGUGUGUGCACAGUAAUGCUGAACAAACAUGUGAACACCACCUCAGUGACAUCAUAUUAUUUCAUCAGAUCAUUUAACAGUUGUGUUCAGUGGAUCCACCCAGCAGUUAUAUCACUGCAUGUUGUUAACAGUGGUUUUGGAACUGGCAGCAACAUGUUCAAUCUGUGUGGAGAGGCACUGCAGCCUGGAGGACAUGUUUGUUCAUGACUGUGUGUGUGCAUGUGCAUUUGAGGGUUAAGACUUGGUUUUAGAAUCAGGUUUAGAUUGUGGAUUACGUUAUUGAGGACUGUCACAAGUUUAGAUGUACAAAUAUCUGUGUGUAGAGUUUUUGUUUGAACAAGCUCGGCAGCACAAGUGUGUACAUUCUGAAGCAGCUGGUUGGACCAGUGCUGUGUAUAAAGUUACAUAAUACUCCACAGUACCGCUCUCUCUCUCUCUCUUACAUAUCACAUAAUAAGCUUUAACAGAAUGAAAUGUUAAGUAAUUUAGCUUUGGCAAUGUAGUAUUAUUAAAUAUUACAUUUUCAAAAGAAAAAACACACAAUCACCAGACAGCCAUGGUAAUGUGGCCAAACAAGGAAGGGAGAUGCGUGCCAAUAUUGGAAACCAUGAACUGACAUUUACUGAAGAAAACUGAGGGCGUUAGUAUUAGUAGUGUAUGAAAGUGUACGAGUGCGGUGGCUGAUUUCAGGUACAAGGACAAUGCAAAAUGUCCAAGGCUUGGUGCAUGCUGGGAGAUGGACACACUGGUGUCUGACCAGGUCGGUUCAAACAGCUUCCAGGAGCACGAUGGCUCCUCAGCUCCAUCCAGCCAAGGACAUGCAACACACACACAGGAACAAGGCAAACAUAUACCUCUUUUUUAGUUGCAAGCAGGGCGGAGUAAUCCACAGCUGGCAACAUCGUGUUUACCAGACAAACUCUGGGUUACGCUUCACUUUAUCCCCUCAUUGUUAGAUAUGCUUCAACUAGCGUAGUCAUACUCAUGUGUUUGCUAUGAAUGUCUUGAAAGUCAUUGUCGAUCAGCUGUGCGUCCCCACCUGCAGUUAUGGUUUGUCAUGGUGAUGGUAACUGACUCCGGUUCAUUUAACAGAUUAAACUGACGGACUUCUCAAACUCUGAUUUCUUACUCAAAGCCCGUAAUUCCUUAUAUUCCUUAUAUAUGAGGCUCAGAGUGGAAUAUGUUUAAGUCUGUUUGCCGACUUAAAUUGUGUGAGAGGUUGAAGUAUUUAUUUAAAAAAACAUCUAUGAAGAAUAAAAUUGUGAGAAUAAAAGGAAGCUGAAGAGUACUUUUGAAGUGUGAAAGAUCCAAAUGCUAAAAGAUAUUGUGAUAAUGUUCUUACUAAGCUGAACAUCUUGAGGUUUGAACGAAGUUUCUAUGUUGUAUGUAUGUAUGUUGUAAAGCAGAAUGAACUGAGUACAAAUACAUCAACAUUGUGUGGGCUGCUGUCCUCACCUCUGAGUUCCUUUUUUAACACUUCCCUCUUCAUCUGUUGUUUCACCUACUGACUGAUAACAUGUAUCCCUUUAUCCAACUGAACUUUUCUUCUGUUGGAUAAAACUCAGCCGAAUGCAAUACAUGAAUGUUUAUGUAUGAGAAAAUGAAGACAAAGAGCUUGCUCAGGUUUCA